AUGGAGCGUUUAGGUUCUACACUAACGGCAACUUAUGCUCACCCCAGACCAACCCCAACCAACUUUCUACCCACCAUCAGUACCAUGGCCUCAAGCUAUAGGGACCGCUUCCCCCAUUACAAUCUGACCCAUAGCAUGAGCCUUCCAUGGAGACCGAGUACAUACUACAGAGUAGCCUCCGACUUGCCGACCUUGGCCCCAUACUGCACCAGAUCUCAGAGGGUGGCCGAGAGCACGAUGCUGCCCUUCGUCUCCAACAGAACCACGUUGUUCACGAGAUACACCCCCGAUGACUGGUACAGGUCCAAUUUAACCAACUACCAAGAGUCCAACACAUCUCGACAUAACUCAGAGAGACUAAGGGUGGAUACGUCUCGCUUGAUUCAAGACAAAUACCAGCAGACAAGAAAAACCCAGGAAGACUCCACCCAAAAUCUGGGAGAACGCGUCAAUGACAUAGGGUUUUGGAAAUCCGAAAUCACUCAUGAGUUGGAUGAGAUGAUUGGUGAGACAAAUGCACUUACUGAUGUUAAGAAAAGACUGGAGAGGGCCCUGAUGGAGACCGAAGCUCCUCUUCAGGUGGCCAGAGAAUGCCUGUUUCAUCGAGAGAAGAGAAUGGGAAUCGAUCUAGUUCAUGAUGAAGUCGAAACACAGCUUCUGACGGAAGUUGAUGUUAUUCUGUGUUGUCAAGAAAGAAUGAAGCUGCAUUUGGAUAAGGCUGUUGCCCAACUCGCCUCUGACAGAGCCGCCCAGCACGAGCUGGAGAAGGACCUGAACGACAAACAGGCGGCUCAGCGCAUCGACGACAAAUGCCACCACCUGCGCAACACCUCCGAUGGCGUCAGCUACUUCCGGGGUGUGGAGAGGGUGGACGCCACGAUCUCCGUGCCUGAAACCUGGGCGAAAUUUACGGAUGACAACAUCCUGCGCUCCCAGAGCGAGCGGACAGCCUCGGCGAAGCUCAGAGAUGACAUUGAGAACCUCUUGGUGGUGACGGCCAACGAGAUGUGGAAUCAGUUCAACAGAGUGAACUUGGCUUUCACGAACCGCAUCGCCGAGACUGCAGACGCCAAGAAUAAGAUUCAGAUUCACUUAGCGAAGACCCUGCAGGAGAUUUUCCAGACUGAAAUGACCAUCGAAUCCAUCAAGAAGGCCAUCAAGGACAAGUCGGCCUUCCUGAAGGUGGCCCAGACCAGACUGGACGAGCGCACGAGGAGACCCAACAUAGAGCUCUGCCGAGACAUGGCGCAGCUCCGCCUUGUGAAUGAAGUGUACGAGGUGGACGACACCAUCCAGACCCUGCAGCAGCGCCUGAGGGAAGCGGAGGACACCCUGCAGUCGCUGGUCCACACCAAGGCCACUCUGGAACACGAUCUGGCGGUCAAAGCCAACUCCCUGUACAUCGACCAGGAGAAAUGCAUGAGCAUGCGCCGCAGCUUCCCCAACACGCUGCGGCUGGUUGGCUUCUGCUAG